AUGCAGUUCACUAACUUUGCUGCAUUGUGACUCAAGAAGAAAAAUCUUCGCGUGGAAAAUCUGUCUUGCACAAGAAUAUCAGAGGAGUGUUGCUGGCGACACUUUCCUCUCGACUCUGCCUACAUCAACAACAGUGCACGUUCAAGAUGGCAGCUCUUCGCUCCGUCGUUCGACCCCUCCAACAACAAACCCGAUCACUCUCCACAGGCUCCUCCUCGCCUCGACAUCUGCUCUCCCUUUCUAAUUUGACGCCGACAGAAUUGACCACACUCGUGAACAACGCGACUCACCAUAAAAACAAUAUCUCCGACCCGUCGUGGCCCAUCUGCGACGGCUUAGCCCGCAAGACGAUUGCCCUCCUUUUCUCCAAGCUCUCAACGCGCACGCGAGUGUCCACUGAGGGCGCGGUGGCCGCAAUGGGCGGCCAUCCCAUGUUCCUGGGCAAGAACGAUAUUCAGCUGGGAGUCAAUGAGUCACUCUACGACACAUCAGUGGUGAUAUCGAGCAUGGUGUCCGGUAUCGUCGCAAGAGUUGGCCCGCAUGCAGACAUUGCGAACCUGGCCAAAGAUUCGUCGGUGCCAGUAAUAAACGCGCUCUGCGACACUUAUCAUCCCAUGCAAAUUAUAGCAGAUUUUGCGGCGCUGACACAAACAUUCUCUACACCUGCCGAGAAGCUAAAAGGGCUGAAGAUCGCGUGGGUAGGGGAUGCCAACAACGUACUGUUCGAUAUGUGCAUUGGCGCAAGAAAGCUGGGCAUUGAAAUGGCCGUUGCAACACCCAAGGGCUUUGAGAUACCAGAAAAGAUGAAGAAGGAGAUCGAUGCGGCGGGAGAAGGAACCUUGUUCGAAACCAAUCAUCCGGAAGAGGCGGUUAAGGGUGCGAAUAUCAUCGUCACAGAUACCUGGAUCUCAAUGGGCCAAGAAGAAGAGAAGGCGAAGCGAUUGGAAGCAUUUUCUGGGUACCAGGUCACAGAAGAACUUGCCCGCAGAGGAGGAGCUGCUGAGGACUGGAAGUUCAUGCAUUGUUUACCUCGGCACCAGGAGGAAGUCAGCGAUGAAGUGUUCUACGGCAAAAGGUCGUUGGUGUUUCCUGAGGCGCAGAAUCGAUUAUGGUCCGCAAUUGCGACCUUGGAAGGGUUUGUCGUAAAUAAGGGAGAGAUUAAGAAGACUGAGUCGUGAAUGCUCUGGAUAAUACCGGACACAAGAAAAUUAGACCUAUUGGAAUGCCUGCUCUUGAAACCUUC